AAAUUAUUUAAAUUUAUAUAAUUUUGUUUUAAAAUAGUUUAAAGGUUAGCAACAAGUUAGUAAUUAUAGUGAAUUUUAAAUAAAAUUUAUUUAGAUUAUUAGUUAGAUUAUUUAAUAAAUUUAAUUUACUUAGUUAAUAAUGAACAAGUGAACUAUCAAAAUUAGUUUUUUUUUUUUUCGGUUAAACUGUAAAUAUAUUGCAGAAACUUGGCUUUGAGUGCAUAUUUACAACCAAACUCACACUAUUAGUUAGUAAUUAGUAUUUUUGGUUUAGUUAGUUAGUAAGUAAUAAUCUUAUUUAAUAACUAAGAUAAUAGCAAUUAAAUAAUUCAAUUAUUUACUAUAAUAUAUUGUAGUUUGAAUGCGGUAAUUGGAUAGUAAUGGAUUGCUAUUGUAAACAUGAAAUAGGUGGUGUUGUAUAAUAAUUAGUAUGAAUAAUUAUCCAACUUGAUUUGAUUUGACUAUAAUAAUGUAAUAAUACGAGAAGAAAAUUUAAGGAUUUAAAGGAGUCAGAGGAAAUUGUUGUCCCAUCCACGGGCAAACGCAGGGUUCGUAAGCGAGAGAUCACCGCAUCUGCUUGUGCCCGGGAAGUCGCACCAAGACAGUAUAAGAUAUCCACUAUCGAGGCGCAGGAUGUCGAGAUGGGUGAAUUUGAUAAUGAGGAGACUGAGCAUGUGAGAAGUCUGCAGUAGUUCUCAUGCACACAAUGUUGGACUCCCUCCCCUUCCCUCUAUCAAAGGUCCCGUUCCCCUUCUUCGAGGUCCAAUUCCCCAUGACAGAGGUCGCUGCGACACUGGUGGAGGUAGUCGUAAACCUCCUACUACAUCAUUAGGUAGUAGCAGUCGAUCAAAGGUCUGUAAUGAUCGAACUUGGUUAGUUACGGAGCCAGUACCCGGUGGCCCAGAUGAUGGUUCCAUGAUUUCUAGUUUUAAUGGACAUGUUGCAUUAAUGACAUGGUUAAAUCAGAGUAGAGGUUGCAUCAAGCUACAAAACAGAGCUGCUUCUCGUCAAAGUUUGAUCACUUGGAAGAAUGAGUUGCCACAUGUGGCGAAAGAGAAGAUUAUAGCCACUGGGUUGUCUCACCUUCCAGAUAUCAUGUAUCCGCACUUGGAGACUGGUCUCAUUUGUGCAUUCGUGGAGAGGUGGCAACCAAACACGAACACUUUUCACAUGCCAUUCAGGGAAAUUACUAUCAUGCUUCAUGAUGUCCAGCGUAUUCUGGGUAUCAAAGUGGAUGGAAAUACGGUGUCGACUAUUCCCAAGUGGGAUAUCGUGAAGAAAGAGUGUUUGGGUGUUUUGGGUGUGACUGAAGAAGAGUUAGCUUCAUAUUGGAAGAGUGGAGCUGUUGUUGAGUCCUUUAUCCCAGAGCGUUGCAAGGGCAAGUUUGACACAGAUACUCAGGCCACUGCGUGGAUGUGGAAUAUGUUAGGUGCCAUGUUGUUUGUUGACAAGAGUGGGGGUGGCAGGGUUCAUGCACAACUUUUACACGAGGUUUAUAACCGCAUUGAAGGUGUUAGAGAGAAAUCUUGGGCAUCGGCCACACUAGCAUAUCUUUACCGUCAGCUGGGGAUUGCUAGGAGAAGGGGUGUUAAGCAGAUGGAGGGUUGUAUGACCCUAUUGCAAGCUUGGAUAUAUGAGUAUUUUCCGAUCUUCCAACCUCAUUCCCCGUACAAUGUUGAGAGCGGGCCUAGAGCAACAGCAUGGACACCACCAUCAUCUACUGGUUCAGAGGCAGAAGUGCGACUCUCAUGGUUACGCCGGCAGCUUGAUAAUCUCAGCGCGGAUGAGGUGACGUGGCAGCCAUUCGGUAAGGCAGUACAUCAGUCUGUGCCUAAGACAAUUUACACCGGAUGGAUCGCUUUCAGGGACAUUGUUGAGCCAUACGUGUCAGGGAGCGUGCUACGUAAGCUCGGUUAUGUACAGACAGUCCCUAGGUCGAUUGUUAAACCGCCCAUUGUGUUCAGGCCGUGGAGCGGUGAAGGGUAUAAGGUCGGCCUUUCUUCAGUGACUGCAGCUAAUAGUUGGGAUAGAUUUCCAUAAUCAGACUGUCUUAACCUCAGCAUGUACACUGAAUCCCAGAAGGCAACCUCUACUGAUAUUUUCUUAUGAAUAUCUCAAACUUACACCUGGUAACCUGGCUAUGUAUUUUUCCGCAUAUCUCUGUACCUCUUUGGUCUAUACUGUUCACUUUUGUUGCAUUUCAGUAAUAUAUCAUUAGCCUUGUGAGAAGAUGUGGUUAAUUCAAAAUUAUACAAUACUGCAAUCUCCUCCAAACGUUCAAUAG